UUGAAAAUGGCAGCAACAACAAUUGUGUAUAGAAAGAUAAUUAAGCCUUCCUCUCCCACUCCUUCUUCAUUUAGACAUCUCAAUCUCACUUUGAUGGAUUACACAAAUAUUCCUCACUAUAUCCCAAUUGCCUCCUUUUACUCUAUACCUAAAAAUUGUGACAUAAAUCAAAUAUCACACAUUCUUGAAAAAUCUCUUUCAAAAGUAUUAUCUUCUUAUUAUCCCUUCGCAGGACAAUUCAAGGACAAUAAUAGCUAUGUCGAUUGCAACGACAUAGGUGUUGAGUAUUUACAUGUCCGAAUCAGUUGUCCAAUGUCUGAAAUUCUCAACCACCCUAAUAAUGAUGUUGUAGAUGUAGUCUUCCCAAAAGAUUUGCCUUGGGGUAGUACCUUGAACCGAAGUCCACUAGUGGUUCAAUUAAGCCAUUUCGAUUGUGGUGGAAUAGCAGUCAGUGCAUGUCUGUCACACAAGAUUGCUGAUGGAUAUAGUUUCUCAAGAUUCCUUAAUGAUUGGGCUGAUAUAGCUCGACAGGUGGAUUUCAAACCAUCUCCUCAGUUUAAUGCAUCUUCUUUCUUUCCACUAAUGGAUGAUGCUCCAGUUAUACCUAAUGGUGUGCCUGAACCACAACGACAUGUGUCAAGAAUGUACAAUUUCUCAUCCUCUAGUUUGCGAAGAUUAAAGAAUGUCGUUGCAACAAAUUCAGGAGUGCAGAAUCCAACUCGUAUUGAAGUAGCCACUGCACUUCUCCAUAAAUGUGGAGUUGCUGUGUCAAUGGAGAAAUCGGGCGUGUUCAAACCAACUCUAUUGAGCCAUGUAAUGAAUAUACGCCCACCAAUUCCACUCAACACAAUGGGAAAUGCUUUUUGUCUCUUUGGUUCAAUAACAAUGACAGAAGAUAAGAUAACACUACCCAAUUAUGUUGCUGAACUACAAAAGGCGAAACAACACCUUCGAGAUGAGUUGAAAGAUAAGGGUACAAAUCAGCUAGCCACACAUGCACUUGAAAUACUUAAACAGGGUGUAGACAUAAUGAAGCAAGGUAUAUUUGAUGCUUAUUCUUGCACCAGCUUUUGCAAUUUUGGUUUAUAUACGAUCGAUUUUGGAUGGGGUAGGCCCGUAAGGGUGACCCUAGCGAGAAAUUCAAUGAAGAACCACUUCCUAUUUUUGGAUGACCCAAGUGGAGACGGGAUUAAUGUAAUAGUCACUUUGACUAAAACUGAUAUGUUAAUAUUUCAGAGUAACAAAGAGCUCCUAGAGUUCGCUACUCCAGCUGUUCAAUCAAUUAAAUAA